CGGACACUAUACAGAUUCCUGCACACGGCCCAGGACUCUCAGUUAGUUUCCAACUUCUUUUCACGAAUUCCUGCGCAUAUCCUGGGAUUAUCGAUUGCUUCCCAAGUUUCCAGAUGCAGUAACAUAACCUCAAAACGCAUAAGGUCAUAUAAUCAUGUAGCAGGCUCGUUGAUUUCAGUAUGGAUUACAGGAUUUUUCAUUUGAUUUCCUUGUGCUUAAUAUUCGUGGAAUCGAGAGGUCCUCAUCAUCCUAGAGGUGACAAAAUUGUCAAAAGACACGUACAUUAUAAACCCAUAAAGGAUGCGUCUGAAAAGUUAACUGAAGAUGUGCAGUUGCUGCAUGAUCAAGAGCAUCUACAGGAACAUUUGGAUGAAAUUAUACCUGAACCAGAUUUUUCCAAAAUGUCCGAUGAAGAACUAGAGUUCUACUAUUUUCAAGUACAUGAUAGCGAUAAAAACUCCAAACUAGAUGGUCUAGAAAUUUUGCAAGCCAUUUCGCAUACGGACGAACAUGGUGACAGUUAUGAGGAAGAUGGAGAAAACGAUAUGUCUUCCACAACUGAAAAGUCCGAUUUAGAAUAUUAUGUUGAACUUAUCGACCAAGUUUUAAGAGAGGACGAUAUAGAUGAUGAUGGGUACUUGAGUUAUGCUGAGUACGUAGCAAGAAGAAGAAAUAAACCAAAAAAUAAAGAAGAUCUAAGAUCUCCAGCAGUGAUGAUGGUUCCAUAGGAAUUCAUAUUUUGUUGGUCAAGAUAUUGAUUGUAAUAAUAAAAGUAUUGAGCAAAAGGGUUACUGGUAUUGUAAACUACAUUAUAAUAAAACUGUAGUUAUAUUUACA